ACCGCCCACCAAACACAGCGGCCCCGUCAGCGCUGCAGGAGUCCGACACCGAGCCGUGAGGUGAGCGGCCAGUCAGCUCCCCCGCUUUCUGUUGCCAUGGACGCCUGCGCACGUAUCAGAGGAGUCCCCAUAAGGUCCCGGGCCUCAGUCCGGAAAGAGACUGUGCGUGACAGUGGAGCGCAGUGUGUGAAGAGCCUCUUUAGGAAUAAAAAGGAGCUAUGCAGCGUUGGCCUGGAGCUGCCGAGCAGAGACGCCACAAGACUGACAGAGAUUCAUUUUGUGUGUCUGCCCGGUCAGUGUGAAGGAGAGGAUGUCACCCAACAGGCUCUGUUAUCGAUGCCAGGAGGGCUGUGUGAGCUCCUCAGGUCCCUCCACGUUCACGGCCUCAAGAACGACGAGGUUCUGCUGCUCAAAGACUCGCGAAGGCUGGCGGAGCCGAAGGACGCCGGGCCCCAGUGUUGGUUAAAGGCCGUGUGUGUGCUGAGGCAUAACCCCAGCACCAGCGUCUACCCUCAGACCAGCGUGGCGUCUUUGGUGGGCCUGCUGGGGUGCUACAUGGCAGGCGUACGCUACGCUCUGGAGCUGCAGGCUCUCCAGAGGGGCACAGCUGAGCCCAGCCAGCCAGAGGAAGACGACACCAACCAGUCCGUCUCAUCAAUCGAGGACGACUUUGUCACAGCCCUGGAGCAUCUAGAGGAGGACGACACAGGAGACAAUCUCUCUGCAGCUUCCUAUCGCCAUUUUAAAAAGCGUGACGUCGCAUCCCAGACAGUCCCAGCCCACAAGAGAAGAAAGGAAUUAUCCGGCUCCCGUAUUAUCAUAAGCUCAUCUUCAAAGAAAAAUUCAGCCAAACACAAGUCUGGUCCAGACGUAUCCGUCACAGUUCAGAGGUCAUCAGGCCUUGAAUCCCAGUGGACCUACUGCAGCCCCGGGGCCCGUCUGCCCUCACCUUUGAUUCAUGUCAGUGAAUCAGAAGAGUCGGACUGCUCCAGCCCCAGUCCAAUCAUUUUCCUGGAUGAGGUGGGCUACCAGAAGAGCCUGCUGGCUAAACUGGACAUCCCCCAGGUACCAGGGGGGCCAAGAGACCGAGUUGAAGACUCAGACUCUGAAGUCAGUGAAUUCUUUGACAGCUUUGACCAGUUUGAUGACCUGGAGGAACUGAGCUCAGAGAACAGCACUCUCGCGCUGCCUCUGGACGCCAUCAGCGCCCCAAGUACACAGAAUCAGCCCAGUGGGUCCAAAUAUGUGUCUCGGGGCUGCUCAACCAAGGGCAUGAAUCCUCACCGCUUUGACCAGCCAACUCUCCCUGCUAAUGUGAAAAAACCCACUCCUCUGAAACCAGGCUCUCCCUAUUCGCUUCACUCUGAGGUGCCCGACUCCCCUCGGCCAGUGCAGACCCCCUCUGAUGAGAAUGGCGGCCCGCUCUUCAGUCCUGUCAGCUCCUCAGCCUUCAGCCCUCUGGUGGACUCUAGUGGACCGCUGGAGUACUUCUGGAAAGCAGAUGAUGAUGGACAGGACAGCCCAGAGCUGCGUAAACCCCAAGAUCUCUGCUCUCUGUAUAAAACCUACUCAGACUUUGCUAGCAGUUUGUCCAAAGAAAUUCUGGGAUCUGUGUGUGGCUACCAGUCCGCCGUUGACAUCAGCGACAACAAGAAUCUCAGCUGCGUCUGCCACAAGGAAUUCAAGAACUCUUCAGGCUACGUGAUGAAGCUCUCAGAAAUACAAGAGACCGUAACGGUGGCCAAGCUGCAGAAGACGUCCCAGUCUCUGAAGGACGGCAUUCAGAGGUUUGCCACCGACCUGGUGGAGAUGAGCUUGGGCAGCGCCUUGAGAGACCUCCAAAAAGGUGUAUCCUCCUGCACCACCACCUUGUGUCACCUCGCUGCCAGGCUCACUUCCUCCGUGUUUCAGAUGGCCUUCCAUGAGAUCGGCAUGCGCCACGCCUAUGUGCUGAAAGAACGGGCAAUCAAUGGAUUAGCCGGCUUCCUGGUCGGCGAGGCCGUGUCCGGGGCGCUGAAAGAGUUCCUGACAGUGAAAAAGCAGAUUUUCCACAACACGGUGACACGUUUCGCUGCUGAUUUGGCUGAAGAGCUGGUGUUUGAAGGCAUCAUGGAAGUGUGUCAGUUCUCCCACCCUUCGACGCCUCUCACCCCAAGUGAUUGGUCCUUUGGCCAAGGGCAAGAGGAGGAAGAGGAGGAGGAGGAGGUGGUGGUUUCCUCGUAUGCCUCAGACUUGUCUGAGUCUGUUAUCCAAGAGGCCUUCAUAGAGCUCUCCCAGGCUGACGUUGCCUUCACCAGCCAAGCCGCUAUCAGUGUGUCUCUGGACAACAUCUGUUACGUGAGCGCGGAGAACACCGGUGCGCAAACCUGCAGCACCUUCGCUAACCAGCAGGUUUUAAGCGCCAGCUCGGCUGCACCGCCCUCAGGAGAGGACGCCACCUGCACGGUGAAGAAAGCCCUGUUCACUGUGUCCGGUAUGGCGAGCUGUAUUCCUGUCCCCCAAGCGGGCCAAGCCCUCUCCCACCUCCAGGAGUCAGAGGAGACCUGUCAGUAUAAGUCUAGUUUGUCAGAUACCCCACAGGCCAGCCCCAAAAGAGUAUCUUCCUCUGACACCACCACAUCGACACAAACUCACCUUUACAGUCAUGGAACUCAGACUCCGACACCCGGAGACUCCCAAGGAAAGUCCUCGUUCCAAAACUUCUCUGGCAACAUGGUGGAUAUGAUUGUAACUGAAGCGUGUGAGCUAAUAACUGCCUCUAAGAUGAAGAAGAGUUUUGGUGAUUGUGCUGAUUUCUUUACAAAGACAAUUGGAAGCAGAAGGGACUCCACUUCUAGGCAGGAGGGGAAUAACGAGGCUCCGGAUUCUCCUUCAAAGCAAGGCGCUGGCUUCAGAUAUGACUGUAGAGAUUCUGCUUAUUUAAGGAAGGGCGCCACUGGUGAGCAAGACAUCAACAUUCCUCACAUUUCCUUUCAGACAAGCUCUCAAAACCAGGGGAGAGCCAGCUGUGAGUUUGACCCUAGGACCAGAGGUGUGGCUGAAACACAUCCAGUUAUGAUGGACACUCUGGGUGUGCCGGGUGCCGAGAUGAGUGGACAAAGGAGGAUUUCUGUUACCGGGGACGACUCGGCUCCAAGCUCUGGACAAAAAUCCGGCGGGACUCCUGGCACUCCUCCUUCGACCCCUCAGCAGCCCAGUGAGGUGUCCAAGGAGAAGCAGAUAAAGCAGUUCUCCAAGAAGCUGAAAAGCAAGCUGGCCAAGGAGUUUUCCCCCGCUACUCCGCCACCCACCCCUCACUAUCAGCCGGAGCCAGAGCCGAAAGACAUCACUCCUGAGGCAGACAAGGCAGAGUUCAUGCUCAAACUGAUGAGGUCGCUCUCGGAGGAAGCGGAGGACAAUGAGGACGAAGAGGAGGAAGAGUUAGCAGAAGAGGGUGGUGGCGCUAACAGAUGCCCAGAGACAGGGGUCAGUCGGCAUGAACUGAACCAAAUGUCCGCUCGCAGAAUGUCCAACAAGGAAGCUCUUCACUACGCCGAACGACUGGCUUGCCACAUUGUCUCCAUGGCGACAGAGAUGGAUACCCUGGGAGUGGCUGAAGAGGAGGGUGAGACGAGCAAAGGCAGCGAGAGGAGGAGAGACAGCGUGGCUCAGUUCUCCGAGCAGACCCUGAACACUUUGUGGGUGUACGCCGGGGAGGUGGCCGGAGAGGUCAUCAAUGACGUUAAGAGGAUGGUGAGCUCUGCGCAGCAGUGCCCGCAUCACAGAGCUCUCAGGAGACGAAGCUUUGACAGAUCCAGCUCCGAAUGUUUGCAUCACCAACACCAACCCAGUACAGACCAGAACAGAGACUGGAGGGUAGGGAGGCUGGCCGAGCAGUGGUCUAAUGACAUGAUAGCGUCUGUCUUCAGGUCUCCCACCGCAACUUCAAGCACCGUCUCCAGCACCAGCUCUGGUCUGUCCUCGGAGUAUCCCAGCUGUGAGAGCGUGACAGACGAAUACGCCGGCUACCUUAUCAGGGUGCUAAAAAAGGAGGGAGGCAGUAGGGAGUUGGUCCUGGACCAGUAUGCGAGCCGUUUGGCCUACCGCUCCAUCAAACUGGGCUUGGCUCAUGCCAGUCGCAAGAUCAAGCAGAGAUCCUCCAGUGGGCGCCUUCACUCGUCCAAGUCGCUGCCAGAUGAAUGGAAAGCGUCUGGUAGUGACGCCUCAUCACCGAAGGACAAAGUGGAGUCAGCGGUUCCAGGCGAGGACUCUCAGUGUUGUUGCAGGGACUCUGAAGACCAGGGUCAGAGGGAGUACGUGGAUCUGGUCAACUUUGCCGAGUCUUUAGCUUACAACAUCACCUGUGAUGUGACACGCAAGCUGCAUCUUUCCUCCGCACGACUGCCCAAGUCUCUCACCGACUCCUGUCUUUAUAAGAAGUCCAGACUUGAGGACAUGGCAGAGAAUCUCAUUAGGAACUCCUUCUCCUGCCCCCUGUUGUCCAAGGAGGGAAGGAGCAAGCAUUAUCACAGCACAGGGAGCCUGUAUGACGGAGGCUACAGGGGCCGGGCGAUGCAGGUCAUCGAGCAUUACGCCAGGAAAAUAGUCGACGACACUCUGAAGAUGAGCCUGGCUUCAGUCGGACAUUCAUCCCGGGAGCUCCAGAGGACCCAAGCCCACGACAGACACUCUCACACCCAGAGGUUAUCUGAGGGCACAUCCCCGGGACAGGCUCUAGGGGAGAGGACAUGCCGUUACUGUCAGAUCCAGGAGUGUCCGUACUGCACCAAACUCAGCAGGCACCACCACCAGCCCGUCUUACAGAGGAGGAAAAGGGGGUCCGAAUGUCAGGUGAGGGCAGAGCGGCUCUCCGGCCUGGAGAUUCCCAAGAUCCACAUCGACCUGGACCACAGGGCGGUGUUUGCGGAGGGGAUGGUGUCCAUAGCGAUGGAGACAGCAAAACGUGAGCUGAGCAACACUAGCCUUAAUGCAGACAGCGGCAUCGGCCAUGACGGGACCAGCUACGCUGAGAGCCUGACUGCUGAGAUCAUGACGUCAGCCCUGUCCAACAUCUGCCAGACCAGCAACGUCAGUUGUCCAGGUCGGGAAGCGACAGAGUCCUCGGUGUCCCAGCAGCUGAGUGUCGGAGACGACAGUCUGGGCAGCUGGUCCAACCUGAGCUUUGAGGACGAGCACCCAGACGACAACAGCAGCUUCCUCCACCUCAGUGACAGCAGCAAUGGGAACAGCAGCAGCUGGAGCAGUCUGGGCCUGGAGGGGGAGGCGUGUGAGGAGCGCAUGUCAUUCUCUCCCUCUGACAGUGACAACACAGAGGACAAGGAGACGGAGGUCAAAGAGGAAUCCAGCGGGACUCUCUGCGUGGACAGGACUCAGGUGCAGGCUCCCAGGACCGCGCUGCUCGUAGUGAACUCGGAUGUCAGGGAGCCCGGGCGCGGCCCUCUACACGCGACCCUCGACCCUCAGCUCAGGAGCAUGCUGCAGUGGGCGGCGGCCUCCAUCGCCGACGUCCCCCUGAUCCAGCUGAGUCCCGACAGGGAGCUGCAGCAGCUCCCUGCGGUGGUCCAGAGGCUUCGGGAGAGGAGGUGGCGUGUGGGAGAGCUGCUGCACACGCUGCUGCGUUACUGUGAAGAGGGCCAGACUCGCGGUCCGUCCCCGGCCAGAGAGGAGCCCCUGCAGACGGGCAGAGAACCUCAGCGCACCUCCCUCUUCCAGUGGCUCCUGGAGCACGCCUAGGGCCUCUCCUCCUCCUUCCCUCCUCCUCCUCCUCUCCUCCUCCUCCUCUCUUCAGUUCAAACAGGGCUUUGCAUACUCCACAGCCCCUAGAGGGCGCCACACAAAUCAGCGGAUCUACUCUGAUGAACGUGGGCGGCGCGCGUUCUGCAUUGCAUGCUGUGACCAAGAGUACUCCUGUUGUGUUUUUCUUUCCACCUUCUGUUUUGUUUCUGCAGUUUUUAAUUUUAAUAAUCGGGCUGCGUUCAUCACAUGUUGACUCAGUGAGCUGUCUCUCCCGCCCUCCUCCGCUCCUGAAGCCCUCACACAUCGCUGCCGUCGAACUCGAGAAAGAGAGAGGGAGCGAGAGACCCAUCCCGUCUGCUCCAGACACAAACGCAGUGAGUUGAGAGAAAGAGAAUGUGUUUUUUGUUAGGGAAUCCCCACCGCUGCUGGGCGGGUGAUGUCAUCACACCCACAACUCACCUCUGUGGUGUUUCCACAUGUUAAGAGACCAACUGUGCGCUCACACACACACACACACACACACACACACACACACACACACACACACACACACACACACACACACACACACACACACACACACACACACACCCUUGUAUUAUCAGAGGGAAUCUGACACCCCAACAUUUGGUGCCGUGAUCCCCCAUCCACUAUUGUAUUAAUGCACUCACAAUCCAGGGUUCAUACGGUCAUGGAAAAUCUGGAAAAGUCAUGGAAUUUGCAAAGAGCAAUUUCCAGAAAAGUUUUGGGAAAACUAAAUAUAUUCUGAAAAUUUUGGAAAAGUCUUGGAAUUUUGUUUCACCUGUAUAAUUACACAUGAAGUCCACCGCCGUAUCAGUAUCAUAGUUUCGGUUUUUUCAGCUCAUGGCUGUGAUGAAUUGUGUCACUUUCGGUGAUUUUAAAGAGAAAAAAAUUGGCCAUUUAAAGAAAAAAAAACAUUUUUG